AUGCUGAAAAGGGAGAGCAUUUCUCAGUCGAUCCAGCAGUACCAGGCUAUGAAGAUCUUCCUGAGUACAAAGCAGGGCUUCAAAGCGCGUAAGUCAGAGAGAAAUGCCCGAGCCAAGAGCUCCGGGUUGGGGCGUGCCAUCGAAUUCUUCGAUCUUGUAACUCUUGAUCACCCGAUCGUACCGGGCCGCGUUGGUGUUUACUCGGUUGUGAUCACGAUUGUUUUCAUCACGCCCCGCAUCUCGAGGAUUCUCGCCCCGAGCUGGGCUCAUGCGUUCGGCAGCAGGAGGAAUCCUCCGAGGAAGAGGAGGGAUCCCCUCAUUGAAGGCACCGGCAGGUUCGUCACCAUUGGGUUGCUGAUCGCCGAGUGCUUCUUGACGUUGGGGCACAUUUGA